GUGGGAUCUAUCAAUAAAGGGGACUCAAUUUAUAGAGAGUGAAUGGUUGUAUAAAAAUGGUUAGUAUAUUUAAAAGUCAACGCCUAAGAGCGAGUCUUGGUAUCGAAAUGAUCAUUAAGUCGUUAUCAUUACAUGUUAAUCGCUUAGACAUUUAAAAAAAAAAAUGAAAGGACAGAAAGGUGAACGUGGUGAUCUGUCUGAAUUUGUUAGUGGCAUCCAUUUACAUGUAAUAUGUUGGUUCAUGUUCUGGAACAUGUAUUUUACUUGUUCGUCAUAUAACGAGGAACGUGUCUUGACUAAACCAAAUAGUUUCGGAUUGAUUAGGGAUCGAUUCUAGCUCAGGUUUUGUUAAACUGCUACCAAACCAAAUAGCAAUUGCGGUAAUGCACAUUCUAUGAGGCCGGUCUGCUUUUUUUGGCUAGUGGUGUGGUAUAAAAUGGAAUUGAUGGAAUAAAAAUGAAUGAAACAUCCUGAAAGUGGAAUAUAUUCAUUCUAUUCAUUUUUUAUAGAUUUUUUUGGUAUUUUUUUAUAUAUUUAAAAUUAUAAAAAUGUCUAUGAGUGUUUUUUUUAUAUUUUGUAGAAUUGAUGGAAUGAUAAAAAAGAAUAUAGAAUAAACCAUUCCAAAAGCUUUUACCCCACAUAUUUACAAUCCAGUUGCAGCCAAUAUAUAAUAUUGGUUUAGUUCAGUUUCAUGGCUUUGAUUACCAAUUUCCAAGUUCUGGCAACAAGUUUGAUAGCAAACAAGUUAGUGAAGAUACAGGAUUAGGUUGGAACUAAUGGGCUACAAACGUAAAUUUGUUUAUUAGUGGGCUUAAAGUUGAUGACUUUUUGAUUUGGUCUCUCGUAUUAAUACUUUUCUGACCCAUCUCUCGUAUACUUUUUAGCUUAACGGUCCCUCACGUAUUUAAUACUCUAUAUUAGUCUAAAAUGUAGUUCAGUUCAGUGAACCGAAACAAAAUCGAAUAUUUGGUUAGCUACAAUCUUGUUUUCGUCAAGAUUAUGAUGCACCUCGCAAAUGAUAAUGCGAGUAAUUAAAAUAUAGUUAUUCUGUUGACUAAGGCCGUAUAAAGUCACAUAGCAGUAGUGUAAUACAUAAUACAAACAGUAGAAUAUAGUUUGAUGCAAAAUGAAUGUUCACAUACCAUUAUGAGGUAUACGGGAUUAAGUAUUUGAUAAAGGAAAUAAGAAUAAUAAAAUUUAGAUACAUAUGAUCGUUUUUCUCUUUUAAAAUCAUUUGGGUUGGUAGUUCACGAUUAAAUAGUAGAUUAUGACAUAUAGCCUAAUAACCUUCACAAUUGUUUUACAACAUAUGCUUAGAUAGAUUUCUAUUUAUUUGAUAUAUGCAUAUACCUUAGAGUACUUCGAGAAUAUUCCUUCGUGCAUGAACCCGAAACCCCUCCAAUUUUAGUAUUUUUAAUGCAAUUGUGGAUUUAUUUCAGUACGACUGAACAUACCAGUUCUGUAUAAACUAUGAAAUGAAAAUAUUACUUAGAUUAAUAGCUAUUGCAAACUAGUUUAUGGUGAUACAUUGAUAUUGUGCUUGAAGCUUUACCUUGAUGACUAAAGUAUUUGCACUACAUUUUCAGUCACUAGUGUAUACAUCUUAAAUAGUAACAAUAUCUGUUUUUUUUUUAAGUUUCGAGGUAUAGUAUAAUUUUGACCCAAACUAUUUUUUAUUAAAAACAUUUGUUCCAACCAGUGUAGCUUAAUUAAUAACAUCUAAUAUUGCAAACAUGUAAUAUUAGAUGAUGACAUAAAACAAUAAUCUUAAACUGUUUUCUUUUAAUCAUGAAUUGUGGAUUUAUUUCAGUACGACUGAACAUACCAGUUCUACUUUUCUUAAUUGAGAGCGUUAAACUUAUAGUAACUAGUAAAUUUAUCUUAGCAAACGAAUAGAAAUAUUGACAUUCUAUAUUAAGCAAGUUGCCUAAUCGUGAAUUGCAAACUUAACAAAUGAUGACGUAAUAAGUGGAGUCAUCAAAUGUUCACAACAACUAUUCAAAAUGUUUACAGAAAAUAGUUGAAAAAUAAAAGAUGCCUUGAUGACAGAAUAAGCACAACGUCCUGGAGGAGGGGACCGAUAGAUCAAAACAAAUCUUAAACAGUUUUCUUUUAAUCAAACUUUUAACAAAACAAUAAUCAGUUAAUUCAUAGUAACCAAUUAAAGUAAACAAACCAUUUAUAUAUCAUCAACUCAACAAUAAGAAUUUUUUAUUACAAUAAAGCAAACAAAUUAAUAACUUGCAAUGGCUAUAUACUACUACAACAUAUUGAUGCAAGAAUUUAUUUAUAAAGUAAAAAAAAAUUACUUAUACGCAUUCAGUUUAAGUAUUGCUUUACCGCAGCCUUUGAUAACUAAUUGAUUAUAAGCUAAAUUUGUCGACUAGUUCAUAAUACUUUAAAACAACCUCACACACUUCUCACUAAAUCUUUGUUUAAGCGUCUCCGUAAUCAUUGUUUACUGCUUCACUUAUUAGUGUUUUGCAUUAAUUUUGGAUUUAUUUGUCUUUUACGUUGUAAGUGACCUGUCAAAAGAGAGAAUCUUUCCCUACCCAACUCACCUCUUAUUAUUUAUAGGUAUUGCCCAUGACCUGAUUCAAAGCUCUCUUCUUUAUAUUUUCUGGCUAACACAUCAAGCUCUCUCGCUUUGCUUUAUAUUAGCAUUAUAGCUAUAUGCAUUACAUUUGAUAAAUGUCAUUAUAGAGCUUGCUUUUUAGUAAAAGAAAAAGCCAAUGGGGAGGAGACCUUGCUGUGAGAAAAUUGGAUUGAAGAGAGGUCCAUGGACUAUAGAAGAAGAUCAUAGACUCAUGAACUUCAUUCUUAACAAUGGCAUCCACUGCUGGAGAAUUGUCCCCAAACUCGCAGGUUUGUUGAGAUGUGGUAAGAGCUGUAGACUGAGAUGGAUUAAUUAUCUGAGACCGGAUCUCAAGAGAGGUGGGUUUACUGAUGCUGAAGAAGAACGUAUUAUGGAACUUCACUCUCAACUUGGCAACCGGUGGUCUAAAAUUGCCUCUCAUUUCCCUGGUAGAACGGAUAACGAGAUAAAAAACCAUUGGAACACGAAGAUCAAGAAGAAGAUGAAACAUCUUGGUUUAGAUCCGACUACGCACGAACCAAUGAAUAAUAUUACCGACCAACCCGAAUCUAACAAGAUAACAAAACCAAACAUGUGUUCUACCAUCAAGGAAGGAGAAGAAACCAAAGAACAGACUCUCAAAGAUGAAGUAGACAUCGGAUCUCUAUUCGAAGUGCAAGGCAACGAGAUAUCUAUCUCGUCUUCUUCUUUAUAUAGUAAUAUUUCAAGAAGCGAAUCUUCAUCAAAUUUUGCAGAAGAUUCGAUCUCUUUAGAGCAAUGGGAAUUGACCUAUAUGACAGAUCCUUUGGUACCAUGGGACUUCUUCACCAAUCUUGAUGAUAAUAUUUUCCUUUAAUGACAAAAUGUGAUAUAACAUUGUAAUAUAUCUGAAUAUAUCUAUAAAUAUAUAAAUAAUCUUAAGUAA